AUGCACGGGGGAAAAAGAGGACUGGUGGCACCACAGAACACUUUUUUGGAAAAUAUUGUCCGUCGCUCAAGUGAGACAAGUUUCUUGUUAGGGAAUGCACAGAUCGUGGAGUGGCCUAUAGUUUACAGUAAUGACGGAUUCUGCAAGCUCUCUGGUUACCACAGGGCAGAGGUCAUGCAGAAGAGCAGCACCUGCAGUUUCAUGUACGGCGAGCUGACAGACAAGAAGACAAUAGAUAAUGUCAGACAGACCUUUGAUAACUAUGAGUCCAAUUGCUUUGAAGUGCUGCUCUAUAAGAAGAACAGAACCCCUGUGUGGCUCUACAUGCAGGUGGCCCCCAUCAGGAAUGAGAAUGAUAAGGUGGUCCUGUUCCUCUGCACCUUCAAGGAUAUCACUGUCUUCAAACAGCCCAUUGAAGAUGAGACCACCAGAGGAUGGACCAAGUUUGCCAGGCUGACCAGGGCAUUAACCAAUAGCCGGAGUACACUGCAGCAACUAACGCCUAUGGAAAAGACUGAGGUCAGCCACAAGCAUUCAAGAUUGGCAGAGGCUCUUCAGCUGGGCUCUGACAUCCUUCCUCAAUACAAGCAAGAGGCUCCUAAAACUCCGCCUCACAUUAUCCUGCACUACUGCACCUUUAAGACCACUUGGGACUGGGUCAUCCUUAUCCUCACCUUCUACACGGCCAUCAUGGUGCCCUACAAUGUCUCCUUUAAGACCAAACAGAACAACCUGGUGUGGUUGGUACUGGACAGCGUGGUGGAUGUCAUCUUCUUAGUGGAUAUUGUGUUGAACUUUCAUACUACUUUUGUGGGACCUGGAGGAGAGGUCAUAUCAGACCCAAAGCUCAUACGCAUGAACUACUUGAAGACCUGGUUUGUCAUAGACCUGCUGUCUUGCCUACCCUAUGACAUCAUCAAUGCCUUUGAAAAUGUGGAUGAGGGUCUAAGCAGCCUCUUCAGCUCACUGAAAGUGGUGCGAUUGCUCCGCCUGGGUCGAGUGGCACGCAAACUGGACCAUUAUCUGGAAUAUGGUGCUGCUGUAUUAGUUUUACUUGUGUGUGUCUUUGGCCUGGUGGCACAUUGGCUGGCCUGCAUCUGGUACAGCAUAGGUGAUUGUGAGGUCAUUGAUGAGGACACCAACAGCAUCAAGACGGACAGCUGGCUUUAUCAAUUAGCUAUUAGCAUUGGUAUGCCAUACCGGUAUAAUGCCAGUGGCUCUGGCCAGUGGGAAGGUGGUCCCAGUAAGCACACACUCUACAUAUCUUCUCUCUAUUUCACCAUGACAAGCCUCACCACCAUUGGAUUUGGAAACAUUGCUCCAACUACGGACGGGGAGAAGAUCUUCUCUGUGGCCAUGAUGAUGGUGGGAUCUCUACUGUAUGCCACCAUCUUUGGAAACGUGACCACUAUCUUUCAACAGAUGUACACCAACACCAACCGCUACCACGAAAUGCUAAAUAACGUGAGAGACUUCCUUAAGCUCUACCAGGUGCCUAAAGGACUGAGUGAGAGAGUUAUGGACUAUAUUGUGUCCACGUGGGCCAUGACCAAAGGCAUAGACACAGAGAAGGUUCUGUCCAUCUGUCCUAAAGACAUGCGUGCCGACAUCUGUGUACAUCUGAACCGUCAGGUAUUCAACGAGCACCCUGCCUUCCGGUUGGCCAGUGACGGCUGUCUGCGCUCUUUGGCGGUGGAGUUUCAAACCACACAUUGUGCUCCAGGAGACCUAAUCUUCCAUGCAGGGGAGAGUGUGGACACUCUUUGCUUUGUGGUGUCUGGCUCAUUGGAAGUCAUUCAGGAUGAUGAGGUUAUUGCUAUUUUAGGUAAAGGUGAUGUUUUUGGUGACGUGUUCUGGAAGGAAACCACUCUGGCUCAUGCUUGUGCUAACGUUAGAGCUCUGACUUAUUGUGAUCUGCAUGUGAUCAGGAGAGAAGCCUUACUUAAAGUGCUGGAGUUCUACACGGCCUUUGCCAACUCCUUCUCCCGCAACCUCAUCCUCACCUGUAACCUCCGCAAGCGGAUUAUUUUCCGCAAGAUUGUUGAUGUGAAGAAGGAGGAAGAGGAAAAGAGACACCGGAAGAAUGAAGUGACACUGUCCAUCCCUGUGGACCAUCCUGUGCGCAAGCUCUUCCAAAAAUUUAAACAGCAGAAGGAGAUGCGUACCCAAGGUCCACUGCAGCCUGACCUGGACAAGAACCAGUUUCAGGUAGAGCAUCACCUCCAUCCAUUGUCCCACCAGCUCCAUCAGCAGCAAUAUCACAAUGUGGUCCCCAUGCAGAAUGGGGUCCCUGGCUCAGGCAAUGGGAACAGUGGUUCUAGUGUUGUGACUAUCUCACAGAUAACCCCAAUCCAAAAUGCCCUAGCAUACGUUCAGACCGAGGAACCCAGCAUGAGCGACGGCCAUGAGGCCAUGGAGCUUAAGCCUAGUGGUGGUGUAGAGGACCAGAGUUGUCUAAAGGUUACAAGUCCUGUGAGACCCAGAGGAGGAGGAAGGGGACGAGGCUGGAUGCGUUUCCGUAAUGCUGCAUCAGGAGAUUCUCCCAUGCUUCCACUGGAACUGGACAAGCCGCAGCAAAAGGAAGAGGAGUGGGGGGAUGUUGCACAGCCCCUGAAUGUUAUCUCUGAGAAUCGCAAGAUCCAGGAAGCUGAAAAUGAGAAUAGUGCACUGCACAAGACUGAUUCUUGUGACAGUGGAAUCACAAAGAGUGACUUGCGUAUAGACAGGGUAGGUGAUUCGCGGAGCCCUUUCGAAAGGUGCCAAAUGGAGAGGAGUCCAAUGGAAAGGAGUCCAUAUGAUCGGCUUAGUCCCGGGGUGUGUGAUGUGACUCUUCGGGGUAUGCACUUUCAGCCCAUUCCUGAACAGGCUGUGCUUCAAAACAGCCUAUAUGAGGCAAAACUGGAACUAAAGGGGGAUAUACAGGCACUAAAUAGCCGGUUAGCGACACUGGAGGACCAAGUGGCGGAGAUUUUAAGACUACUCUCAGAGAAGAGGAAACCUUCCGCAUCUUCUCAGACCUCCUCACCAAAAACCAAACCUCAGUGCCAGGACAUCUUUGCUGUUUCUCAGCCUGUCACUCCAGAUACAGAGGGGGAUGAUGGACCCUUUUGA